AUGCCCAAGAAGAAAGGAAAAAAUGGAAAGAAAAGUAAAGGGUAAGACAAUUUUUUCUUGGCGUCGUUAUAGCUUGAAUUGGCUAGCUAGCUACCUGUAGCUAGUUUUACGCACGGUUUGUGUAGCUAAUUUACUACAAUUCUUUGUCCAAAUGUCUAGAAAAGGAAAGAAAGAAGGCAAACAUGAGUCAAAAGCAGAUAAAGAGUCUGACAUUGAGAAGGCAAAGGCCAAUGCUGCUCUUUGGGAAGCCAGGCUGGAUGUCACUGAACACUCGCGCGUGGAGUACCGUGAAGCUGCCCGCAGGUUGGCACGAGCCAAUGAAGAGCUCACUAACCAGCAGUAUCGUGCAGAGAAGGACACAGUUGACAUAAUUACCUUCUUGAAGAGGAAAGAUGCCGAGAAAGAAGAAAAGGUUAACUUUUGUCCCCAGAUAUUUAUAAUAUCCAUAGUACAUCUGCACCUUAAUUUAUUUUCGUUGGGGCGUUUCCUAACAUUUUUUAUUUUAUUUCAGAUUGCAAGGCUGGAGGGACAACUUAAAAGUAAAAAAAAACAAGCCCUUGAGGAAAAUGAACAACUGGUAAGGAUUUAGUCUUUGUGAAGGAACAAACUUGGGUAACCUGCCAAGUAAGUCUUCCAUAAUUUCAAAGAACAGGGAGUGACUAGACAGUUUACAAAAACAGGUCAGAAAUGGACCAGGAACAUUUGCAUGUUUUACUAAAACUGCUGACAUCCCUGCCCAGCAUUGUAGUCUACAGUGAGGGGGGAAAAAGUAUUUGAUCCCCUGCUGAUUUUGUACGUUUGCCCACUGACAAAGACAUGAUCAGUCUAUAAUUUUAAUGGUAGGUUUAUUUGAACAGUGAGAGACAGAAUAACAACAAAAAAAUCCAGAAAAAUGCAUGUCAAAAAUGUUAUAAAUUGAUUUGCAUUUUAAUGAGGGAAAUAAGUAUUUGACCCCUCUGCAAAACAUUACCUAGUACUUGGUGGCAAAACCCUUGUUGGCAAUCACAGAGGUCAGACGUUUCUUGUAGUUGGCCACCAGGUUUGCACACAUCUCAGGAGGGAUUUUGUCCCACUCCUCUUUGCAGAUCUUCUCCAAGUCAUUAAGGUUUCGAGGCUGAUGUUUGGCAACUCGAAACCUUCAGCUCCCUCCACAGAUUUUCUAUGGGAUUAAGGUCUGGAGACUGGCUAGGCCACUCCAGGACCUUAAUGUGCUCCUUCUUGAGCCACUCCUUUGUUGCCUUGGCCGUGUGUUUUGGGUCAUUGUCAUGCUGGAAUACCCAUCCACGACCCAUUUUCAAUGCCCUGGCUGAGGGAAGGAGGUUCUCACCCAAGAUUUGACGGUACAUGGCCCCGUCCAUCGUCCCUUUGAUGCGGUGAAGUUGUCCUGUCCCCUUAGCAGAAAAACACCCCCAAAGCAUAAUGUUUCCACCUCCAUGUUUGACGGUGGGGAUGGUGUUCUUGGGGUCAUAGACAGCAUUCCUCCUCCAAACACGGCGAGUUGAGUUGAUGCCAAAGAGCUCCAUUUUGGUCUCAUCUGACCACAACGCUUUCACCCAGUUCUCCUCUGAAUCAUUCAGAUGUUAAUUGGCAAACUUCAGACGGGCCUGUAUAUGUGCUUUCUUGAGCAGGGGGACCUUGCGGGCGCUGCAGGAUUUCAGUCCUUCACGGCGUAGUGUGUUACCAAUUGUUUUCUUGGUGACUAUGGUCCCAGCUGCCUUGAGAUAUUUGACAAUAUCCUCCCGUGUAGUUCUGGGCUGAUUCCUCGCCGUUCUCAUGAUCAUUGCAACUCCACGAGGUGAGAUCUUGCAUGGAGCCCCAGGCCGAGGGAGAUUGACAGUUAUUUUGUGUUUCUUCCAUUUGCGAACAAUCGCACCAACUGUUGUCACCUUCUCACCAAGCUGCUUGGCAAUGGUCUUGUAGCCCAUUCCAGCCUUGUGUAGGUCUACAAUCUUGUCCCUGACAUCCUUGGAGAGCUCUUUGGUCUUGGCCAUGGUGGAGAGUUUGGAAUCUGAUUGAUUGAUUGUUUCUGUGGACAGGUGUCUUUUAUACAGGUAACAAGCUGAGAUUAGGAGCACUCCCUUUAAGAGUGUGCUCCUAAUCUCAGCUCGUUACCUGUAUAAAAGACACCUGGGAGCCAGAAAUCUUUCUGAUUGAGAGGGGGUCAAAUACUUAUUUUCCUCAUUUUAAAAUGCAAAUCAAUUUAUAACAUUUUUGACAUGUGUUUUUCUGGAUUUUUUUGUUGUUAUUCUGUCUCUCACUGUUCAAAUAAACCUACCAUUAAAAUUAUAGACUGAUCAUUUCUUUGUCAGUGGGCAAACGUACAAAAUCAGCAGGGGAUCAAACACUUUUUUACCUCACUGUAAAUCAUAUUAAUUGUCCUGCAAGCCUCAAGGCUAUACAUUGUUUGUCUGAUGUCAUGUACAGCAUCAAAAGAAUGUGCUGUGUUGUGUCUGAACAACAGUGUUAUUUUUUAAUUAGGCAGUCCCUAUGCAAAUUUAUAGAAAACAAGCUAAGAAAACAUAAAACUAAGAAACGAAUCCCUACAUUUCCAGCCAUAUAGUCUAGAUUUAUGAUAUAUGGUAAUGCUAUGCGGCAACAGAAAAUAAAACUUAAUUAAAAUGUGCAUGGUCUCAAACAUACAAACUAGUUUUGAUAUAGCCUAAGUUAUCCAUCCCUCAUGUGUCAUAUGGAUUGUUUGUGCUGGUGUGCAACUUUUUUACGGGUUAAUUUUGACAGUUGAUCACAUUGAUUGGAGUAAAGAUCAUCCAAAUAUCUGUUGCAAUGGUUCAACAACAAGGAAAUGUGCCGCUUUGGCUAACAGCUGUUUUCCAUCUCCAUUUCUUACUUCAUGGUGGUAAAAAUAGGACCCAAUAAGCUUUUGAGAAAUAAAAGAAGCUCGGUCUGGACCAACUAAAAAAAUCCCCAUCAUAUGCCUAUGUAGCACUAAUUCUGGAAAUAAAUAUUGAUGUGGUUGAGCUAAAGAUGUGAUUUCAAGACAUGCCCCUCAAAUCCAUUUGCUCAUUGUGAAGUGAUAAAAUGGUUCAUCUUGAAAAUUGACUUAGCUAAUGGAAACCAUUGCAUUAAUAGCACUCAAAGAACGUGAGUGCAGUGGCUUUUGUCUCAAAGUAGUCUGACAUGUGACUCUGAAUGUUGAAAAAGUCAGCCAACCAAACAACUACACUGAGUGUACAAAACAUUAAGGACACCUGCUAUUUCCAUGACAGACUGACCAGGUGAUUCCAGGUGAAAGCUAUGAUCCCUUAUUGAUGUCACUUUUUAGAUCCACUUCAAUCAGUGUAGGUGAAUGGGGGGAGACAGCUUAAAGAAUGAUUUUUUAAAUUGAAACAUGGAUUGUGUAUGUGUGCCAUUCGGAGGGUGAAUGGGUGAAUGGGCAAGACAAAAGAUUUAUGUGCCUUUGAACGGGGUAUGGUAGUAGGUGCCAGGCGCAACGGUUUGUGUCAAGAACUGCAAUGCUGCUGGGUUUUUCACGCUCAACAGUUUCCUGCUUUCGACACCUUGGAGAGUCCAUGCCCUGACAAAUUGAGGCUGUUCUGAGGGCAAAAGCGGGGGUGCAACCUCAAUAUUAGGAAGGUGUUCUUAAUGUUCUGUACACUCAGUGUAUAUCAUCAAGAGUUUUCCAGUCAUUCUAUUGGGUCAGUGUCAUAUUUUAAUUACAUUUAAAACACUGCAUUAGGCAAAACAAAGAAAAGAGAGAUGCAUCCAUAAGCAAAACUUCUUAAGCACAAAUCUGGCCAUCAGAUAGCAUUGAGGAGUACACCACAUCAGUCACUGGCUUCAUCAAUAAGUGCAUCGAUGAUGUCGUCCCCACAGUGACAGUACGUACAUACCCCAACCAGAAGCCAUGGAUUACAGGAAACAUCCGCACUGAGCUAAAGGGUAGAGCUGCCGCUUUCAAGGAGCGGGACUCUAACCCGGACGCUUAUAAGAAAUCCCGCUAUGCCCUCAGACGAAUCAUCAAACAGGCAAAGAGUCAAUACAGGACUAAGAUUGAAUCGUACUACACCGGCUCUGACGCUCGUCGGAUGUGGCAGGGCUUGAAAACUAUUACAGACUACAAAGGGAAGCACAGCCGCGAGCUUCCCAGUGACACAAGCCUACCAGACGAGCUAAACCACUUCUAUGCUCGCUUCGAGGCAAGCAACACUGAAGCAUGCAUGAGAGCACCAGCUGUUCCGGAUGACUAUGUGAUCACGCUCUCCGUAGACUUUUAAGCAGGUCAACAUUAACAAGGCCGCAGGGCCAGACGGAUUACCAGGACGUGUACUCUGAGCAUGUGCUGACCAACUGGCCAACAUUUUCAACAUGUCCCUGACUGAGUCUGUAAUACCAACAUGUUUCAAGCAGACCACCAUAGUCCCCGUGCCCAAGGACACUAAGAUAACCUGCCUAAAUGACUACUGACCCGUAGCACUGACGUCUGUAGCCAUGAAGUGCUUUGAAAGGCUGGUCAUGGCUCACAUCAACACCAUUAUCCCAGAAACCCUAGACCCACUCCAAUUUGCAUACCGCCCCAACAGAUCCACAGAUGAUGCAAUCUCUAUUGCACUCCACACUGCCCUUUCCCACCUGGACAAGAGGAACACCUACGUGAGAAUGCUAUUCAUUGACUACAGCUCAGCAUUCAACACCAUAGUGCCCUCAAAGCUCAUCACUAAGCUAAGGAUCCCGGGACUAAACACCUCCCUCUGCAACUGGAUCCUGGACUUCCUGACGGGCCGCACCCAGGUGGUAAGGGUAGGUAACAACACAUCUGCCACACUGAUCCUCAACACGGGGGCCCCUCAGGGGUGCGUGCUCAGUCCCCUCCUGUACUCCCUGUUCACCCAUGACUGCAUGGCCAGGCACGACUCCAACACCAUCAUUAAGUUUGCCGACGACACAACAGUGGUAGGCCUGAUCACCGACAACGAUGAGACAGCCUAUAGGGAGGAGGUCAGAGACCUGGCCGUGUGGUGCCAGGAUAACAACCUCUCCCUCAACGUGACCAAGACAAAGGAGAUGAUUGUGGACUACAGGAAAAAAAAGAGGACUGAGCACGCCCCCAUUCUCAUCGACGGGGCUAUAGUGGAACAGGUUGAGAGCUUCAAGUUCCUUGGUGUCCACAUAACCAACGAACUAUCAUGGUCCAAACACACCAAGACAGUCGUGAAGAGGGCACGGCAAAGCCUUUUCCCCCUCAGGAGACUGAAAAGAUUUGGCAUGGGUCCUCAGAUCCUCAAAAAAUUCUACAGCUGCACCAUCGAGAGCAUCCUGACUGGUUGCAUCACCGCCUGGUAUGGCAACUGCUUGGCCUCCGACCGCAAGGCACUACAGAGGGUAGUGCGUACGGCCCAGUACAUCACUGGGGCCAAGCUUCCUGCCAUCCAGGACCUCUAUACCAGGCGGUGUCAGAGGAAGGCCCUCAAAAUUGUCAAAGACUCCAGCCACCCUAGUCAUAGACUUUUCUCUCUGCUACUGCACGGCAAGUGGUACCGGAGUGCCAAGUCUAGGUCCAAAAUACUUCUCAACAGCUUCUACCCCCAAGCCAUAAGACUCCUGAACAGCUAAUCAUGGCUACCCAGACUAUUUGCACUGCCCCCCCACCCCAUCUUUUUACGCUGCUGCUACUCUGUUAAUUAUUUAUGCAUAGUCACUUUAACUCUACCCACAUGUACAUAUUACUUCAACUACCUCAACUAGCCGGUGCCCCCGCACAUUGAAUCUGCACCGGUACCCCCCUGUAUACAGUCAUGGCCAAAAUUGUUGGCACCCCUGAAAUUUUUCCAGAAAAUGAAGUAUUUCUCACAGAAAAGUAUUGAAAUUACACAUGUUUUGCUAUGCACAUGUUUAUUUCCUUUGUGUGUAUUGGAAUAACACAAAAAAAACCAGGAAAAAAGCAAAUUUGACAUAAUUUCACACAAAACUAAAAAAAUGGGCCGGACAAAGUUAUUGGCACCCUUUCAAAAUUGUGGAUAAAUAAGUUUGUUCCAAGCAUGUGAUGCUCCUUUAAACUCACCUGGGGCAAGUAACAGGUGUGGGCAAUCUAAAAAUCACACCUGAAAGCAGAUAAAAAGGAGAGAAGUUGACUCAGUCUUUGCAUUGUGUUUCUGUGUGUGCCACACUAAGCAUGGAGAACAGAAAGAGGAAAAGAGAACUGUCUGAGGACUUGAGAACCAAAAUUGUGGAAAAAUAUCAACAAUCUCAAGGUUACAAGUCCAUCUCCAGAGAUCUAGAUGUUCCUUUGUCCACAGUGCGCAACAUGAUCAAGAAGUUUGCAACCCAUGGCACUGUAGCUAAUCUCCCUGGACGUGGACGGAAGAGAAAAAUUGAUGAAAGGUUGCAACGCAGGAUAGUCCGGAUGGUGGAUAAGCAGCCCCAAACAAGUUCCAAAGAAAUUCAAGCUGUCCUGCAGGCUCAGGGUGCAUCAGUGUCAGCGCGAACUAUACGUCGAAAUUUGAAUGAAAUGAAACGCUAUGGCAGGAGACCCAGGAGGACCCCACUGCUGACACAGAGACAUAAAAAAGCAAGACUACAGUUUGCCAAAAUGUACAUGAGUAAGCCAAAUUCCUUCUGGGAGAACGUCUUAUGGACAGAUGAGACCAAGAUAGAGCUUUUUGGUAAAGCACAUCGUUCUACUGUUUACCGAAAAUGUAAUGAAGCCUUCAAAGAAAAGAACACAGUACCUACAGUCAAAUAUGGUGGAGGUUCAAAGAUGUUUUGGGGUUGUUUUGCUGCCUCUGGCACUGGGUGCCUUGACUGUGUGCAAGGCAUCAUGAAAUCUGAGGAUUACCAAAGGAUUUUGGGUCGCAAUGUAGGGCCCAGUGUCAGAAAGCUGGGUUUGCGUCCGAGAUCAUGGGUCUUCCAGCAGGACAAUGACCCCAAACAUACUUCAAAAAGCACCCAGAAAUGGAUGGCAACAAAGCGCUGGAGAGUUCUGAAGUGGCCAGCAAUGAGUCCAGAUCUUAAUCCCAUUGAACACCUGUGGAGAGAUCUUAAAAUUGCUGUUGGGAAAAGGCACCCAUCCAAUAUGAGAGACCUGGAGCAGUUUGCAAAAGAAGAGUGGUCCGGGUGAGAGGUGUAAGAAGCUUAUUGAUGGUUAUAGGAAGCGACUGAUUUCAGUAAUUUUUUCCAAAGGGUGUGCAACUAAAUAUUAAGUUAAGGGUGCCAAUCAUUUUGUCCGGCCCAUUUUUUGAGUUUUGUGUGAAAUUAUGUCAAAUUUGCUUUUUUCCUGUUUUUUUUGUGUUAUUCCAAUACACACAAAGGAAAUAAACAUGUGCAUAGCAAAACAUGUGUAAUUUCAAUACUUUUCUGUGAGAAAUACUUCAUUUUCUGGAAAAAUUUCAGGGGUGCCAACAAUUUUGGCCAUGACUGUAUAUAGCCUCCCUAGUGUUAUUUUAUUUAACUUCUGCUCUUUUUUUCUCAACACUUUUUUGUUGUUUUAUUUGACUUUUUUAUUAAAAAUAAAUGCACUGUUGGUUAAGGGCUGUAAGUAAGCAUUUCACUGUGAUGUCUGCACCUGUUGUAUUCGGCGCAUGUGGCCAAUAAAAUGUGAUUUGAUUUGAUGAAGGAAUGGGAGCUUUCUAAAGAGAGCUGUUGAUCAUUUAAUUUAUCCCUGUCGUAAGUUUAUAGAAUAGCAUUUAUAGAGUUAUCUAAAGAAUAUAAAUUAGGCAUAACAAUAUAAUCAAAUAGUUGGUAACCUAUAAUUUAGUCAUCAUGUACAUGAUUGUGGGUGCAUGUUUUGCUUGCCUUCAAUAACUUUGGCAAUUUUUGUCACAUUUUUGACUGGAGUGUACACAGCAGCAGUUAAACUGAUUUCAGCCUUUCUGACUGAUCUGUUCCCGAAGUUGGGUUGGGUUGCAAAGGCCGGACUUCAUCUAAACUUUUUGAUUUUCGUCCCAGCUAUUAUAAGUGGUUGUUUUCCUCCUAUUCCUGGAAGCUAUGGUAAUUUUUUUCAGAAAAUCUGAAUAGAUUCUAUUUCUGAAAUGGCAACUGCCAUCUCACGUACAAAUAUGUAGUGGAUACACACAGAUGGUGUACAUUCUCAAAAUGUUCAUUGUAUACGUAGCUAACAAUAGUGGUGUAUACACUAUUUACACCUGCUGUAUAGAGUUACAUUAUUGUCUAUGUCUCCAAAAUUCAAGAUAUAUAACUAUAUGAUUGGUUGUUGCAGGUUGCAGAGUACACUCUUAAAAUCAAUAAGCUGGAAGAGAAGUUUGAGAAGAGAUCCAAUGAGUUCAGGAUGAUCCAGGGUGAACUGAAGACUAUCAAGGAGUUUCGAAAAAAGAAAGCCCAGAUGGAGCAGGAGUUAAAUAGUGUGAGAACAACAUAGACAGAAACCUUGCUUGACACCCUGAAGUACCACUCUUGAUUGUGUAUGAUUUCACAGUUCUAUCAAUGAUCAUCAACUCUCUACUUUCUAGAUUAAAGAAAGCAUGUACAUUGCGGACAGGGAGCACAAGGAAAGCCUAGCUAGAAUGGAGCACAAAUUCUUCAGUGAAAAGGUAUGAUGAUGGCUUCAAAUUGACACAUUAUUUUGUACAUGCACUUACAGUUCCAAGGAGGUGUUGCCAGUGCAAAAUAAACUUGGGGAAAACUAGCCUUGAGCUAAUAAAAAAGUAUUGGAUUAAAUGGGUAAAGAUGUUCAGGUGUAAAAGGCCUAACUGAGCAAUAGAGAGGCGGGAGAGAAACAGUGAGUACUGUGUGUUCCCUUGCAGGUUCGCCUAGAGAAGGAGGCCGAGCAGAGGAUCGCCCAGCUGGCUGAGAGGGCCCACAAUGAAGCCAUUGUGUGAGUGUCUCCGCUGGCCAAUUACAUGCUAAUUUUACUUUUCAAACUGCACCUUCAGGUCAGGGGAAAAAAAGAGGCAAAAUACAUAAUUUGUGAGGGAAAACAAGGUUAUUAUCUUGACUACACCAGUUUGUCUUCCUCAAGAUAGUGUACAUCACCUAAGCCAAUGAUGACAUCCCCAGCAGUUCCAGAAUGCCUUGCAGGGAAGAGUGUUCUGGUUUGGAACAGAGUGUGGGGAAGACCUCUGUGUGCUGUAUAGUUCUAAAGCCAUGUAGGCUGUCAUUGUAAAUAAGAAUUUGUUCUUAACUGACUUGCCUAGUUAAAUAAAGAUAAAAUAAAAUAAAAAAUAUGAGGACAGACUAGGGAUGUACUUUGAAUUCUGUGUGUUUUAUGGUCUAUAAACUCUUCAACAUUGACACUGAAUGUGGCAUUUAUCAUCGAUUGCAUUGCCAAUUCUAGACCUAAAUCCUUGGCCAUAUAUAAAGUUGAAAUGCAUGUAACCUGUGUUUUCAGACAGAGCUGACAUUGACCCAGUUUGUCUCAAUUUGGUGACUAAGCGAGAGUGACUCAAAGGAAAAUUAAAACCAGAUCCUUCCCAGUAUUCUAAGCUUGGAAUUGAAUGUCACUUAUAAUUUGCUCUAGUCUACCACAUCACCAGACUGCUCCCUAUCCCGCCACCAAACCCAAUGCACCACCUUGAUGUUGUCGAAGUGACUUUAGACUGAUAGAUAACAGAGGGGGAAGUGCCAGUUGUACCUCAGAGUUUGGCACCUAACAUAAAAAACGGUGCAUUCCUUGUUUCCUACACUAACAGCCAGUUGGACGAUGCGUCACGCUCAGUGUUCAAGGAGAACGUUCGUCUCAGUGAGGCUCUCAGCUGCCAUAUGAAGGAGGUAGAUGACCUGAGGAAGAUGACUGUGUCAUUGGCUGAGGAAAACACUUCCCUGGCACUGCAUAAGGUACACCGGCACCAUGGCACGUCAAACAGAGCAGUGGGCAUUUUCAUGCACUGGCAGGGCCUGGACAAAAUAAUUUGUAUUUAUUUAUGUGGCAGAUCUCCAGUGGACAUACAGUAUUUUAGAUGGUAUUUCCCCUGUUUUAUUUAUUUUUGAUGACCCCAUGUUUGUUUUACUUGCGGCCCCUCUUUCCCCUCACCUCCACAGUACGAGCCAGUAUCUCGGUGGCUGGUAGUUGUGAUGAGUUUCCACUGGCUUCUGGGUUCCAAGUCAGUGGCUUCCCCCUCAGCAUUUCUGGCACUGUUUCUCUAAGGCAAAUAAAUACAGUGUACCGUAAUCUCAUCCCUGAUUAUGUCGAUAAAGCAAGGAUAGGAUUAAGUCACCCCAGCUCAGUAUUUCUUCCAAUCAUUCUUCCAUUCUUAAUCCUUUUUCCGUUUGGCAGUUAAGUCCCCCAAAACAUUAUCCAUUUAUCAAAAUGCCAUUUAGUGGCUUUAAUGAAUUACGUUACUUUGGAGAAUGCCUUAUGUAUAUUUUCAUGAUGAUCUCAACUCUUAUUUUAAGACUAACCCCUCAAUCCUUCCUAUAUUUUCCACCCCUAGGAGACCAGUGAGCUGAUGAUAAAGGAGAAUGUGUCCCAGGUAAGGGCCCAGAAUGAGGAGAUAGCAGAGCUUAGGGGGAAGGUGGGGACCUUGGAGCAGGCCCUGGGGCUCAUGGUGGGGGAGUUUGAGAGAGACAAGGAGGAGACGCAGCACCGAGCCCUGGUUAGCACCCAGGCCGGCCAGGUGGAGCUGGAUAAACUGCAGAAGCUGCUGGCCAUGAGGGAGAAGGAGAUGGGGCGAGUGAAGCGGCUGGCGCACAGCAUUGUGGAGCAGCGCACAGAGCUGGAGUGCUUCUUUCAGGAGGCUUUGGGCCAGGUGAAGCAGGAGAUCCAGGCCAGCCGGCUGCAGUACAGGCAGGAGGCCCUGGAGGCCUACCGCAGGAGGAUGAGUGAGGCCCGGUCAGGCAAGCAGGAGUACCCCCGCAUCCGCACCUUCCACAAAACCCCUCACAGCACCAACAGUGUCUACACCGACCUGGAAGAGGCCGAGAAGUGGUGAGGCCUGCCUGCGGUCUUUACCACCACUUACUGUACAUUUCCCCAUUGCACUGGUAGAAACUGUUCCAGCUUGGAAAUCUAUUUUUCCACUACACUUGUGUUUCAGGAAUAAUCUCCAGAGCAACAAGGUUGACAUCUCUGAACUCACGUGGGAGCAGAAGGAGAAAGUGCUUAGACUGCUGUUUGCAAAAAUGAACGGACAGAAAGCAAGGUAACAGCUAGCUACUACAUUGUGUGGGUCCUGUGUUGUCUGCCAGCAGACAUGCUCAUUGUUAGCUUCCCUAUUUUCUCAUUUCUAUUUCUACUGCGUUCAGUUUAGAAUGAUACCAUCAAAUUGGAAUCAUUAAACAUGAAAACGAAACCACUAGCACAAUAAAUGUUGAGAACAAAACGCAGUGACACCAUAAGAAGCAUGAGCCGUGCUGCAGUCUGGGAGAGGGCCUUUAUUUGUGACUCCUCCUUUUUAAUGUCUUAAACAGCUCUUUUCUCAGCAAAAGAGGAUACCAUAAAACAUCAGUUAGGUUUAAACCAAUUUUCUUUUCCGUCCAGCGGCUUAAAAAGAAUGAAGAAAGAGUCUGGGCACAAUAGUAAAAAUAGGGCCAGCCACAGAGUCGUGUGCUUGAAAACAAACAUCUGGCCACGCAGAUUUGCCUUCAGCCUCUUGGCCCCACUUCACGUGCACAAGGGGUUUAUUUCGUUUUUGAACGCCUGUGGUCAGGGAACCGCUGGCAACAUUAAUUUUAAGUUGAGUGCAGGGGAUCUGAAUGUAUAAGGGGGUAUUGGAGGGCAGAGAUGUGCAUUCAUGGCAAUGUCAACAUUUCCCUGGCAUCUAGCCUUGCAAACAUACAGCAUUUGGCAACGUAGGAUGAAUUUACAGCAGUAGAGUAUGAAUCAUAAUGACCUGAUGUAACCCUUACAAGGCCUUUCUGCAGUCAACAGCUAGAGAGAACAGGUGCCACAGUAUGGUAAAAUAUGCCUUUUUUAAAUGUACAGCAUUUCAAUGCAACUUAUUUAGCAGGAAACAGAGUCAACCUUUGGCGUUGUCUGCGUCCCCAGAGAAAAACCAGAACGACACUAAUCUCGGGUAAGACACCAAAAGAAUGCUUGAGGACAUGACAGUCCUGGUUUUUGUCUUCAUAAUUACAACGCUUCGGUAGAUUUAUGUCCAACAGAGCAUGUUUAGCCACCGAAACAUUUAGCAGUGAGAGUGAUUCCUGAGUGUGAUUUAUCAGACCUUGUUGAUUUUUUUGUUACAUAAUGACAUGUCUUGCAGAAUUACAGAGGAGCCGUCCCAUGUGCCCUUCAUCACCCAGGCGCCUGUGUCUAACCUGCCCUCGAACCCCAGCGCCCUGCCGGAUAUCCAGACCACAUGACCUCUCCCUGCAGUGUUAGUCGGUCUGAGAAAUGUGCUUGUCCAAAUGAAGUGUCUCCAGAAUUAUGUGGAUGGUUAUGUGAAAAUUGCUUCUAUGGUAUUUUCUCAUUGUCAUGAAUUAAAGUUUACUUGAACUUAAACAGACAGACAGGGGAAAAAGACAGAUGGACGAUAAAGGGUUCAAUUUAAACGGAUGGAUUUUU